AUGCCAGUUAUAUCAUCUUCUCGGGCAAAGAUCUCGACGCGGCAGAGGCGUACACAGCCGUCCGAUCUUCCUUCAUCAUCAUCAUCAACGUCAUCCUCUUACUCGAAGUUUGACAAGCCUCGGAGAUCAGGUGGAGCGGAGGGGGAGGAACCCGAGCGCGGAUUAGGAUGGUUUCUGCCUUUGCUGGCCCUAGGAAUGCUACGAUACAUGAGCGCCACAUCAAAUAUCAUACACGACUGUGACGAGGUCUUCAAUUACUGGGAGCCUCUCCACUACCUUCUCUAUAAAACCGGCUUCCAGACCUGGGAAUAUAGCUCCCAGUUCGCACUCAGGUCAUAUUUAUAUAUUCUUUUGCAUGAACUAGUAGGUCUACCAGCUUCAUGGUUGUUUCAUGAUGAAAAAGUCAGAGUUUUCUAUGCAGUGAGGCUAUUUUUGGGUCUUAUCUCUGUUAUUUCAGAUGCUUUUCUGGUGGUUGCACUUUCCAGAAAGUAUGGAAAGCGUCUUGCUUCUUAUGCACUUGCAAUGCUCUGCUUAACCAGUGGUUGUUUCUUCGCUAGCACAAGUUUUCUGCCUAGUUCAUUCUCUAUGUAUGCAAUGAGUCUCUCAUCAGGAUUAUUUCUCCUUGAGAAACCUGCCAUGGCUAUUUCAGUUGCAGCUGUUGGAGUGAUCCUUGGCUGGCCAUUCUCCAUCUUGGCCUUUUUGCCAAUCACCUUCUACUGCUUAGCUAGAAGAUUCAAACAAGCAUUUCUUGCUGGUGCUAUCACAUCUGUUUUUCUUAUCGCACUUUCAGUAGUUGUUGAUUACUAUUACUAUGGAAGAUGGACUUCAUCUAUUUUGAAUCUCUUGGUUUAUAACGUCGUAGGAGGUGGUGAGAGCCAUUUGUAUGGAACUGAAGGGCUAUCAUUUUAUCUGAGGAAUGGAUUUAACAACUUUAACUUUUGUUUUGUUCUUGCGCUACUUUUCCUUGCAAUCUUGCCCAUUGCAAGGAAAAAAUAUGCCCCGGACUUGCUGAUUGUUGUCUCACCUCUUUAUAUUUGGCUGGCAUUUAUGUCCUUGCAGCCACAUAAGGAAGAAAGGUCUUUUCUUUUGAAACCUAUCCUUUAUACCUUAUCGGGGAGUGACUUGUCAAAGUGGGAGCCUCUUGCAGUACUGCCUUUCUUGGAUAGAGAACUUUCACCUGCCCUAUAUAGGUCAUUUUUCAUCCCUCACAAGUGGCAGGCAAAAAAUGUCUUUGGCAAGUAUCAACUGCUCAAAAGAAUACCCAAAUGAUAUAAUCAACAGAAUCAUCUACUCAAAAUCAAAAGUCUCCAUUUCUGUACUGUGACGACUGUUGGGAGUUUAAUGUAUUCCAUAAACAGAAGUUUAAUGAGAAAAGGAAACAAAAAGGUAGGUGAUGCUAACCUACUCUUGGACCGGAAGGUUUGACCUGACUAUUACUAUGAACCCAAUUUACACCAGUGAGUUUCCCUUUUCAAGACUAGUGAACACGCAAAUAUUCGAGAGAAGUCUCCUCUGUUUGAAGUUUUCGAUCUUUGACAGAAAGACAGUGUAUUCGAUGGAGAUCUAGUGCAGUUAUUCUUUCCUCUCAUCUCAAUUGAUUACUCCGCAUGUUCACUAAAGAUCAGAAAGUUUGUGGUACCUGAAUGGUUAACACCUUAACAAUCUAGGUUAUCUCAGUUGAAAAUGCAACAAUUUUUAUUUUUAAUUAGCAGCUAAAUUUAUCCUUUUCAAAACCAUGGUAUUUGCACAAAUGAGUUUUUAAGCAAUUGGUACACCAUGUGCUUUAUAAAACCAAGUCGUCGCUAGCACUGAUAUCUUUGAUUUAAACCAUGCUAGUGAAUUAUAUGCCAUGUAUUUUGUAUAUGUAUGAUAAGUUAUGUGGAGGAAAUGAUGUUUCUUUUUUUAA